UGUGUAGGCUUAUCGGCUAUCGAUUCGCAAAAAGCGGUUUGCCUUAGCCUCUCUUCUCUGUAACUAAUUGGCGCCCAAAAAUAAACGAGCGUCUUGGAAGUUUAGUUUGCUCGUAAAAAUACCGCCAGAAUCAUGACCAACCGCCUGGAGACCAAAUACGAGAACCUGAGCAGCAUUUUCCGGCUAAAGGGACAUGACUACCAGAAGCAGUUCUGCCACCUGUAUGCCCACCGCCUGGCCGAGAUGACGCGCCUCCUAACGCCGCUGGCCCAGAAGAAGUGGGGCAACAAGGAGCCUAUUAAGAAACUGUGUGAGCUGCGGGGCGAACAGGAUGUCCACUGCAUCUUGAUCGGCACCAUCUUCAAGCAUCAGGCUCACAAGCCCAGCAUCCUGCGGGACAUUUCUGAGGAGAAUCAGUUAGCGCCGCAGCCGCCAAGACAGAACUACUCGGAUCCUGAGGACAAGAUUGUUCUGGAGGAUGAACUUCAGCGGGUGCGACUUCAGGGUCAGCUAAAUGGGCAGUUUCUGGCAACCGGAGUUGUGUGCGCUGCCCUCGGUGGAACAGACAGCGAGGGAUUUUUUAACGUGGAGGAUAUGCUUUUCUACGAAAGCGGACCUCAGAAGCCACUGGCCCCUAUUAAAAGAAGCCGCCUCCUGGUACUGGCCUCUGGGUUGGACCAACUGCAGGCCCACAAAUUUGUGGAGGCCUUGAAUCUCUUUCAGUACUGGCUGGCUGGCAGUCUUGGCAACGGCAAGGAAGCGGGCUCCAUGGUGCGUCUUAUCGUGGCUGGAAACUCGGUGAGAGCCAGUGCCAUGGCACAUGUGCCCACUCUCCAAGUGGCACGCACCCAGGCGAACGCCAAUGACACAGUCCAGGCCGUGACCCAGCUAGACCAGUGGUUUGCCUCAUGGGCACGCAGUUUGCCCGUCGACAUAAUGCCGGGAGCGUUCGACCCGGCCAACUUUAUGCUACCCCAGCAGCCGUUCCACAAGUGCAUGUUUCCGCAGGCUGCUCAACUGGCCACCUUCCAGGCGGUGACCAAUCCGUACAGUUGCCGGCUGGAUGAGGCGCUGGUGGUGGGCACAUCUGGCCAGAAUGUAUCGGAUCUGCUGCGCAGCACUUCGCUGGACUCGGCACUGGAUGCCCUACGCUGCACUCUCACCUGGGGACACGUUGCUCCCACUGCACCAGACACUUUGGCCUGCUACCCGUACAUCGACAGUGAUCCGUUCAUCAUGCGCGAGUGUCCGCACGUGUACUUUGCCGGCAACUGUGAGUCCUUUGCGACGGAACUGCAUGAGGGCGCCGAAGGCAAGCGCACCCGCCUGGUCUGCGUGCCCAGUUUUAGCCGAACGCAAAGUGUGGCCGUUGUGAACCUGGACACGCUGGACUGCCGCCUGGUCAACUUUAGCGUGGAUGCAGAAUAAGAAAUUCCAUUAAUACUAAUAAUACUACUAAUAAUACACCCUGUUAAGUAUUGA